GUAGUCGCGCCACUUAUCAGAUCAGACAAGCCUGGGAGUCGAAUGCAAGCGCGACGGCGUCGGUGACGACGCAGCGCGCGACGGCAAUGAGUUUCAUCGAAUGCAUCAGUUCUUCGGAUAAUCAAGGAUUCGGCACACGCGCAGGCAUCGCGAGCGAUGCGCUCUGCCGGCGUGCCGCGUCUGCCUUUGACCAAGUGAACAAGCCACAAGAGAAGGGAUCUCUCGUGUCCUGCGCAGUAUAAAAGGAUUGGCGCGGUUUAGCCAGGAAAGCACUGGCGAGUAACCUACCGUAGCUCGUGGAUAUUCCCACUUGCCUCGCCUUUGGACAUCAUUCCUGCUCAUAAGUUAGCAAAGUACAAGCUUAGGUACUCCGAAAUGACGUCGCCGCUUGCAUUAUUGGGCUUAAUCGUCCUAGUCUUUGCUGUUGGAGCUGUUGAAUGUCGCGCCGUGCCAGAUACGAAUGCAUGUAAGUAUUUAACGCCACUGAUGCCAUAUUUUAUGAGAAAUCCGCUAAUGAUCGUCCGUGAUAAAAGAGGAUACUACCAGGGAUACCCUCCUCGUACGAUGAUGUUCACUGGCUUCUACAGGCCUCCUCGACGCUCGGGAAGCAAUAGUCAAGCCACUAGUAUUUACACCGAGGGCAAUGCCAUUGGCGGAGGUGCCUACUUCAGUCAGCCGGUAUACCUGGGCGGUGGUCCCGAUCCAGCUAACGAUGUCGAUAUGUCCAGCUCCGUUGCUGAAGCUCAUCCAGGUACCGAGUAUGAUGAGUCCGACGAAAGUGCUGCUCAGCCGCAGGAUAAUGAAAAAGGCGUAAAUCGGGAGCAAUUAGCUCAAAAGUCAUCGAAAGGCCAGAAAAAGGAUAAAAAUGUCCCAAUUGAUGAAGAAUACAACGAUGAGUAUGACGACGAAGAUGAAGAGUACCAUAAGAGAUUCAAGCCCAGAGGCCGCGAGUACAAACCAGCAAACAAUUACUUUCCAAUGGUGUUCAGUUUUCCUGGAUUUUCUGGUAGACGUGCCUCUGCAACAUCGGGCUUGGGUGGCCCAGUCACAGCCAUAGCUAAUAGUUAUUCAACUUCAAAAGGUGGCGUUGCAAGUUCUGUUGCCACUGCUUAUGGUGAUUCACCCACAACGUUAACAUAAUACGAAAAAACAUCGAUCUUCUCAAAAUAAGCUAAUUUAAAUGAAUCAGAUUUUAUGAUAUGGAAACUACGGCCAACUUGAAUAUUUAAUGGUCACAUUAAUUGAUUACC